AUGAAAACUGAAGAAGCCAAAAGUCCGAAUAUCUCGAAGCAGGCCAUCAAGAAGAAAGUUGUGGCAUUUUACUACGAGAUUCGAGCUACUUUAUCACGUUUUAUCUGCAAAAUAUGUGGUUAUCUCCUUUUCAAGGUAUUCCGCCGCCUGAUGACUCGUUUGUUGAUCAGCCCACUGCAGAUGAAACGAAUUGUUGAAGCGGAAAAAACGGGUAUACCACUUGUCUACCUUCCCCUUCACCGGUCUCAUCUUGAUUAUCUCUUAAUCACUUGGACUGCGUGGCACUUUGGUCUUCGAUUGCCCCAUAUUGCUUCCGGUGAUAACCUAAACCUCAGCGGUCUUGGCUGGCUUCUGCGAUCUACUGGAGCGUUUUUCAUUCGAAGGCGCACAGAUGAACACGAUGAAGGGGGAAAAGAUGCCUGCUAUCGGUGGGUUUACAUCACUGUUUAUAAUACCCAUGCCUACCGGUUGCUACCCGUCCUUACUCCUGUGGUAGCGGAAGAAGGAUGGACAUUAUAG